AUGAGUAAGGUUGCAGCUCUGCAGAAAAAGAGGAGAAAAGAUUUUAUACCGUACUUUCUUGGAUUUGUAAUAUUUUUGUAUUGCACGGUCCAGCUUGUAUCAUUUACAGCAAAAACAGCUCAGGAGAGCCACUCUGCCAGGGUGCGUCGGGCUCUUGAGAAUGAGACUGACUGCAUCUCACCACAAUCCUCCGAGUUUCCUGAGGGUUUCUUCACGGUGCAGGAGAGGAAGGAUGGAGGGCUGGUCAUUUAUUUCAUGCUCAUUUUCUACAUGCUCCUGGCUGUCGCGAUAGUCUGUGAUGAUUACUUUCUGCCAUCACUUGAAGUGAUUAGUGAACGUCUGGGACUGUCUCAGGAUGUUGCAGGAGCCACAUUUAUGGCAGCUGGAAGUUCUGCACCUGAACUGGUCACAGCAUUUCUGGGUGUGUUUGUGACAAAGGGAGACAUCGGGGUCAGCACCAUCGUGGGAUCAGCCGUCUACAACCUGCUAGGAAUCUGCGCUGCGUGUGGACUCUUGGCCUCUAUGGCCGGCCGCCUCACCUGCUGGCCACUGUUCAGGGACUGCCUGGCUUAUGGCAUCAGUGUCUCUGCUGUUAUUGCCAUCAUUUCUGAUAACAAGGUGUACUGGUAUGACGCUGCCUGUCUGCUGCUGGUCUACGGCGUCUACAUCGUCGUUCUGUGCUUUGACCUUCGCAUCAGUGAGUUCGUCCUGAGGAAGCUGAGCCCCUGCUGCACCUGCCUGGGUAAAGGACCUGGUGAGAAGACUGAGACGCAGCCUCUGAUGGGCUGGAAUGAUGAAACCAGUCUGCGAGUCCACAGUCGCUCCAGAACAGACAGCGGGAUCUUUCAGGACGACUCGGGAUACUCUCACCUCUCCCUCAGCCUGCAUGGCCUCAAUGAGAUUCCUGAAGAGAGUAAAAGUGUGUUUGCGGUGCCGGAGAGCGACCUGAAACGCAUCCUCUGGGUUCUGUCUCUGCCUAUCAUCACUCUGCUCUUCCUGACCAUCCCUGACUGCAGGAGACGGUUCUGGAAGCAAUGGUUCAUGAUAACCUUCCUCAUGUCCGCUGUCUGGAUCUCUGGUUUCACAUACAUACUGGUGUGGAUGGUCACUGUUGUUGGUGAGACCCUCGGCAUCCCUGAUACAGUUAUGGGACUCACUCUGCUUGCCGCUGGAACCAGUAUACCUGACACUGUGGCCAGUGUGAUGGUGGCCAGAGAAGGGAAAGCUGACAUGGCCAUGUCCAACAUUGUGGGCUCUAAUGUUUUCGACAUGCUGUGCCUGGGCCUGCCUUGGUUCAUCAAGACCGCUUUUGUGGACACCAACAACCCCGUAGAGGUCAACAGCUCAGGACUUGUCUUUAUUUCCUCCACGCUCCUCCUUUCAAUUGUCUUUCUUUUCGUAGCUGUUCACGUUAACGGCUGGAAAUUGGACUGGAAAUUGGGACUGAUUUCUCUCUUCUGCUACAUUCUCUUUGCCACUCUGUCCAUCCUGUAUGAGCUGGGGAUUAUUGGGAAUAAUCCCAUAAGACUGUGCAGUGACUGAGAUCUGACCUGUCCGGGACUGAAGCC